AAAGUUCAUUACAAUCGCACCACUGACUGUCAACUUUUACAUUGUGUGUUGCAUUGUUUUUAUGUUUCGUGUCGGCCAUUCGAACUAGAUUUUAGUGUUUAUCAAAUUCAGAGGAAAACAUUGGAUUUCAGAAUGAAUUAACUGAGUUCGACGAAUUCAGACGCAGUGUGGGAUUGGCAUGCACCGUAACAUGGGAAGAAUUACGUGGAGAUUUAAGGAUAUUCCUAAAAAUAUUUGUAAUCGGAUACAAAACCGUUACCAUUACGCUAAACAAUGUCUUAUGUCGUUGAUGUACAAUCAUCACAUGAACCAAAGCUAUGCCUCCGAUGUGUGCAUGGAACCAAUCUUUUGGUUUGUUGACAAUUUUACACAUCUACUCGGACCCUUUUUUGUCGUCGGUGUUGCUGUCCUAACUGCAACGGUCGUAUACAUUGCUCAUUGGAUAGGACUUCCAUUUUGGUACAAUAAAAGUCCUUUAAUGGCUGUAAUUCUUGUCGUCGUUGGUUACUGGCUGCUAUUCAACGUAAUUUUUCAUUAUUACAUGGCAGUUACAACACCACCGGGAGUUCCACCGGAGGGAGCUCUUAUUGUGGAAGCCGUAAGCAUUUGCAAAAAGUGUAUUGCACCGAAACCGCCGCGAACGCAUCACUGUUCCGUGUGCAAUAAAUGCAUUUUGAAAAUGGAUCACCAUUGCCCAUGGCUAAACAAUUGCGUCGGCUACGGAAAUCAUCGAUAUUUUAUCCUUUACAUGGUGUACACCACUAUCGGAACUCUGUUCAUAAUUAUCUUCGGCGCUGAAAUCGGCUACAAUGCUUUAUGGUUAGGCGACGGGGAAGGGUGGCUUGAAACAGAACCACUCGAAGGUCAUCCGAUUCGAUUCAAUUUAUCUGGACACAUCAUACCAGUGACCGAAAUGAACGAAUACGGUGACAAUGGUAUUAUUCAGGCCAUUCACGACGAUUUACCGAUUCCACAUGAAUUAACCAGCAAUGCAGCUAAGCACCGAGCUAUAAUAUUUAUGGCUUUCAUUUGUGUCUCUGUUACAAUAGCGCUUGGUUCGCUGACCAUUUGGCAUGUGAAGCUUAUACGACGGGGUGAAACAAGCAUUGAAGCGCACAUAAAUAUGUCGGAAACGAAGCGACUCGCAGCUUUAGGCAAAAUUUAUACUAAUCCAUACGACUUUGGACCGCGAAAAAAUGUUCUUCUUUUCUUGGGCCUGGUGCGGAAAAGAACAUGGUGGCGUCACGUUCUAUUGCCGUCACCGCAUAAGCCAGAGGGUAAUGGUCUGACCUGGUAUACCGUUAAUGACGUAUCGUUUCUUCAGAAAGAGUGGCCCUGACAAAAUACUUUCCCAACACUAGCUUCCGAUAGAUGAGUGAUAGAGUAAUUCCAGUCAUUUAAGCAAACUUUGUGAUUUUUACCAUCGACUUUAAGUUAGUUUAAGUUGCUCAGGCAUUUUUUAAAGUUUUAGUCAUUCGGAUUAUGUAAAAAUAAAGCGAUACUGUUAAGCGAAACA